AUGGCUGAUCCUUUGCAGACUCUGCAGCACGAGAAGGUCAUCUGCAGUGGCUCUCAAGCACUCUGUGCACUGAGCAACUAUGUCAUCAGCUUGUCCCUCGGAGGCCUCACGGGCGUGAAGGCCGCCAUCCCCAUGCUGCUCGUGGCCAUCGGCUCGAAGCUGACCGAUCGUUUUCCGUUGCAUUUGGAAGACACAUGGUUGGAUAGCUGGUGGUGCAUCGGAGUGCUCAGCCUCCUGCUCGUUUUGGAGCUGGUGUCCGACUGCAUCCCAGCCUUGGCUUCUUGCCAAGAUUGCUUCAUGCUGCUGGCAAAGCCCAUGCUCGGGUUCGCCAUGGCCUUGACACCAAGCUACGGGACGGAAUCGUUCAAAGUUGUUCUUUCUUCUUUGACUUGCAAGUUUCAGGUGUAG